GGGCAUCAGCUGCGCUUCUUCUCCUUGUUCCCGCUAAACCCUUGAGUUAGGCCUUCACAACUGUUCGCCGCCACAUCUUGGCCCCCAAAAAGAUACAAUCUUUUCUUCUUAGUUUCUUCAACAACAGAUCUUUAUACAGGGAUACUCACUUUGAUAUACCAACCAUAGAAAUGAGGUAGAAAGUUGAGCUCUUUGUGUUUCUUGGUUUAGUUGUGCAUUUAGAGUGGGGAAGAUGAGCACAUCGUCUAGUAGGCGGCACAAAAAGGAAGUGCAUGACCAUGAGGAAGAAAGUGCUGCUAGGACAAGGCCUUUGAGUUAUGAAGAGAUUAUGCUUAGGAGGAAGGAUAAGAAGUUGUGUGAUAAUGUCGUGACAGAAGCUACUGUUGAAAAUGUUUCAGAGCCUUUUGAGUCUGGAAGGGGUGAGAGAUGGGAUAAUGAUUUGGCCGCUGUUGUUGAAAAGCCUUUGUCGGAGGAGCCGGUAAAGGAAAGCUCCGGAAAGAAAGAAAGAUAUAGUUCUAAGAGUAGUAAAACGGAAGACGAUGUUGUUAAAGGGAGAGUUAGAAGAAGCAAUGAGCCAGAGAGCUUGAAGGAUAAGCCAAAAAAAGAUACAAGAAGUGGAGGUAGAGGAGACAAAACUGACAGAGAAGUACAUGGUAGGAGGAAAAUUGACAAGGAUUCAAUUGAUGAGUCUGUCAAGAAGCAGUCACGAGAUUAUUCAACAAGAAAAGAAAGACAUUUGGACAGUAGAGGGGAACAUGAAAGAGAAACCAAGAGAAAAUACCAACAUGAAAAUGAUGAGAAAAUCAGAGACAGAAAUGCUGCAAAGAAACAUGAUCCAGGAAAGCUUCGCGCUUUAGAAUUUUCAGAGAGAAAGGAGAGGAAAGAAUCAUCAAAGUCACACUUUGAAGAAUCAAGACGUAAAAGGGGAAGAUCGUGGAGUAGAGACCGUGGGAAUAGACAUAGGUUAAGAUCUCUCUCACCAAGGGCACACAAACAUGCUUCAAAUAAUUUGGGGCCUCGCAGUGAUGUAUCAUCCCAUUCGCUCAAAGAUAGGACUGGAAGACAACAUUUGGGUAUUGAUAGUAGUAGAGUGUCUUCUAAUGGCUCAAGCAGCCACUAUCAGCGACAUGAUGAGUCUGCAAAUAGACUUGGCGGCUAUUCCCCUAGGAAGAGAAGGACUGAGUCUGCUAUUAAGACUCCAUCCCCACCCAAUCUCAUCAAACAGUAA